UUGAAUUAUGUAAUUUAAAUAGAAAAACUUAUAUAUCUAUACCAGGUUCUUGAAUUUUUCGAUAUAAAUUGUCCUCCAAUAUUUUCUCUACAGAAAAACAUAACGUGAGGAAGAACCAUGUGAAAUGCAAGACAUAUCUACGUAAUUUCUACCCAUGCUAGAGUGAAUAUAAAUCUCUCCCAUUCGAUGAUGGAAGUCCAAUAAGAUAACAUUACUCCUGGGAUAUAAAAAUUGUUAUUCAAAAAUGUACCCAUGGAUUCUUAAGUGGCAAGUUUCUGCCAUCAUCUCAGUUUCAUAUUACAUUGUAUAUCAAUUUUGGACAAAACGGAAAAUGGCGGAACAGAAAAAAGAGUUCCUAUCAUGCCGCUUCGUGCUCAACGCCAUGGUCAUCCUCGGAUUCAUGUUCAACUACAUGCUACGCGUCAACGUCACCAUCGCCAUAGUCGACAUGAUAGAAACGAACGCCACCACCCUCAACCUAACCUCCAACAGUUCCGUGGUCAAGUCCAGGGUGGCUGAGCAGCGUUUCAACUGGACCGAGACGCAGAAGAACGACGUGCUCGGCCUCUUCUUCUGGGGCUACGUGCUCACCGAACUGCCCGGAGGCAGGCUCGCCGAAGUCGUGGGCGCCAGGAGGGUGUUCGGAGGCGGCAUGUUGGCCGCCAGCAUCCUGACCCUCCUGACGCCGCUCGUGUGCUACACCAACUUCUACCUGCUGCUGUUCACCAGGGUGCUCAUGGGUUUCUUCCUGGGGGCGACGUGGCCCGCGAUGCCUCCGAUGGCCGCCAAGUGGAUACCGCCGACGGAAAGGUCCAAGUUCAUAGCGAACAUGAUGGCGAGCGCCCUGGGCGCCGCGAUAACGCUGCAGGCGAGCGGUUUGAUCAUCAGCUGGAUGGGCUGGGCGGCCGUUUUCUACUUAACCGGGGUGAUCGGUCUGCUCUGGUCGGUAGCGUGGUUCAUGAUCAUCUACGACUCUCCAGCUGACCAUCCCAGGAUAUCUCCGGAGGAGAGGCUGGAGAUAGAGACGGCGAUCAGGGAGGGUGACGGCGCCAAGAACAGGAAACCUUCGACGGUGCCGUGGGGAGAACUGUUCACCUCUCUACCGGUAUGGGCCAUCAUCAUCACCCACGGCAUGUCGGUGUUCGGCUAUUUCACCAUCUCCAAUCAGCUUCCCUCCUACAUGAAGAGCGUGCUCAAUUUCGACAUCAAGAAGAACGGAUUUUUAUCCAGUCUGCCUUAUAUCGGCAAAUAUGCCAUGGCUCUGACCUCCAGCUACGUAGCGGAUCGCAUACUGAGAGCAGGAAGAUUUUCCACCACCACCACCAGGAAAUUACUCACCGUUUUCGCCUUGACACCUCCAGCAAUAUUUUUACUAGUACUCUUCUUCUACGGUGAAAUCCCAAGUCUGGCAGUGGCCCUGCUGACAGCUUCCCUGUUUUGCAAUGGGGCAGUAACCGGGGGUUACCUCACCAACGGAUUAGACAUCGCUCCCAACUUCUCGGGAACCAUAAUGGGCGCAGCUAAUACUUUAUCGUCUUUCGGUGGAUGGUUAUCGACAAAAAUCGUUGCCCUUCUUACUGAAAAGAACAACACUUUCGAGCAAUGGAGAUGGGUGUUUAUGAUAUUAGUAUUCACGUACGCUUUUGGCGCCGUUUGGUAUGCACUAUUUGGAUCUGGCAACAGGCAGAAAUGGAAUUCUGUUGAUGCUCCACCAGAAGAUGCCCAGCAAGAACUCAAACUCUUGAAAUCUAACAAAAAGGAGAACGAGAUAAUCGCGUGAUACGUUGGGAAUUAUAUUCUGUGAUAUUUUUAAUAUAAAAUGACUUCUGUACAUUGAACCCAUAGACAUAAAUCUAUGCCUAUGCAUUGAACCAAAUGAAAUUCUAUGACAUAUCGAGGAUAUGUGACGAGAAAACUGACUGAAUUUUAACAGCACGAAUACAAAUUGGACCUAUUCAAAGAUUGUAGAGUUAACUCUAUAAUUUUUGGGACCUAUUCAGUAAUUCAAACAGAAUUUUGCUGCGGAUGUCCAACUGAAAAUCUCGUGCUUUUGAGAUAAAAGAUUCAAAUGUUAUCAAUUUUCUUUUCUUGAAAUUUCAUUUAUUUAUUGAAGAUAUUUGACGUAUUUUUUAGUAUUUCUGUUUUUUUGCAUACUAUAAAAAAAACUUCAGAUUUUUAUUUAAGGAACAUUUCAUAAUUAUGAAUUCAUGCUGGUCUUGAUUUUGAAACUUCUAGAAAUCAAAUUUAUUUUGCAACACCGAUCUCCUCUAUACUUUGCAAAUGUGAAACAAAUUUUCCUAAAUCAGUUUGAGUAAUUUUUAGCAAAUUAAUUCUGAUGAAUCUAUAUUAAGAAAUGAAAAUGGAUUUACAAUUUCAUUUCCAACUAGUUUAUUUUGUAGUUUUUAGAUGACAUUUGUGCCCUUUUGUACAAUGAAUUAUAUUAAUAAAGAAUUUUUAACUA